AUCCUACUAGUUAGGAUUAAUUCGCAAAAAUAAUAAGAAAAAGGGUAAAACUUUUAAUCAUGGGCGCUUUCGCAGCAGCUCUUGGUUUCCUCCUAUUAAUUGCCGCAGCCCGAUCAGAUGAUGCUCCCAAAGGACCUAAAGUAACUCAUAAGGUCACUUUUACCAUGAAAAUGGGUGAUGAAAAUAUUGGUGACAUUGUUAUUGGAUUAUUUGGUAAGACAGUCCCCAAGACGGUAGAAAACUUCGUCCAGUUGGCUCAGAAACCAGAAGGCCAGGGCUACAAAGGCAGCAAGUUCCACAGAGUCAUUGACAACUUCAUGAUCCAGGGAGGAGACUUCACCAAGGGAGACGGCACUGGUGGCCGCAGUAUUUACGGCGAACGUUUCGAAGACGAGAACUUCAAGCUCCGCCACUACGGUGCUGGAUGGUUGUCCAUGGCCAAUGCUGGUAAAGACACCAAUGGAUCUCAAUUCUUCAUCACCACUACUAAGACUCCCUGGUUAGAUGGCAGACAUGUCGUCUUUGGAAAGAUCUUGGAAGGCAUGGAUGUUGUUCGUAAGAUUGAGAAAACUGUGACUGCUGCCAAUGACCGCCCAGUCAAGGAUGUGGUUAUUGUGGACACCAAAACAGAAGUUGUGUCAGAACCUUUCAGUGUCACAAAAGAGAGUGCUGUAUAAAAUAAAUAUAUUUAUUAAUAAAAAUAGGUAUAACAUUUGUAUGUAACUAGCAACCAGUUCAUUUUGCAAUGAAUUUAUUAAUAAUAAAAAAACUAUUGUAUUACUUUUGUGCCACAAUUUUUUGUCACAGGGGGGACAUGAGAUUUUAUUAAUUUAGUUCACAUUAUUAUUUCUAUAAAAUGUUAAUGUAAGUGAAACAUGCCAACACUAUUUUUCUUAAAUAAAAAGUUAUCUACACUA